AUGCACGCAGCUUUGAUCAAAGCUUGGGGCGAUACCCCAGUAUGGACCGUGGUCCCCGAUCUUCCAGCUCCAACCGCGAAUCAACUACAUCUUCGGGUCCUCGCUGCCGGCUUGCACCGUGUGGUUCACUCUAUCGCUAACGGCGCCGACGCACCAUACAGUAUCCUUCCUCAUACCCCCGGCGUGGACGGUGUUGGUCUCGAUGAAGCCACAGGCACGAAAUAUUACUUCUCCACGCUCAGAGCUGGCUCCUUUGCCGAAUACGUCAACGUUGACAAAAACGCAACGUUCCCUCUAGCUCCCGACGCCAAUCAUAUUUUGGUCGCCGGCAUGAUGAAUCCAGCUGCUUGCAGUUGGAUGGCUCUCAAGAAACGCGUCAACAUAGGCACCCAGGAGCUCCCCCCUGACUGGAGUCUUCUCAUCCUGGGGGCCACAACCAUGAGCGGCCAAAUUGCUUCGUCAAUUGCGAGACACCUCGGCGCGAAGAGAAUCAUUGGGGCCGCAAGAAAUUCAAAUGCACUCGACCGAAUCCCCGAGCUAGACGAACGCAUGCCCAUGCGAGACGAACCGAGCGAUGGAUGCUUCGAUCAGAUUGGGCACGUAGAUGUCGUUCUCGAUUACGUUAGCGGACCAUACCCAGAGGCUGUCAUCAAAGCACUGCAGCCUCAGAGAGAAAUUGUCUACCUUCAUGUUAGUAUCAUGUCGGGAGACGAGGAGUUUAGAGUUCCGACGCGCUUUCUACGCGCCAAACGUGUCACAAUUCGUGGUUGUGGCCCUGGCUCUUGGGAUCCUAGCGAAUUGGCCGACGAGACGAUGAAUAUGUUGGAGAUGUUUGGAAGCUUGAAGACUGACGGCUUCGCCAUCACCGCCAAGUUCAGCGACAUCGAAGAUAUCUGGGAUGAUACGAGCGAGAGUCAGAGGAGGCUUGUCUUGGUUCCCUGA